GAAGAUGGCGGAUUUGUAGACGAUGCUGUGAACAAGACUGUGAACUAGGAGCUGUUUUAAAACUUACCCAGUGUAUAGAUACUCGCUGUUGGAUAGACGGGAUGUGGAAGAAGUCUGAGUGAUGCUGGUGUUACAAUGGAGACUCUUCAGCUUCUAACAGAUCCUCUCAACUGCGGCGUUCACACAGAUUUGGCUAAUCUCUGAAGGGUUUUGUUUUGGGUUUCAGCACUAAUCUGAGGAAGACUGUAUGUAACACCUUCUGAAGACUUGUGCCUUUUUAUCAACAAGAAAAAAAAAAACCUGGAUUUAUUGCACAUUUUUACACAAUUAGAGGAGAAGCUGACGGAUUAAGUGACCGACCGAAGGAAGCCCAGUCCACAGCAAGAAAUUCCCAGAGCGAACAACUUGGCAUAUUCACCGGGGGCCUCGUACGAGCAUCCUCGUCAGACUUGACUGACUGGAUAAGACUCUUGGACUCGGGAUUUACUAUUUCCAAGCAUGGCCAGGCUGGGUUUCUGCAGGGGGUGCUGUUCACCAUCCUGCCCCUGCCAUGGUCAUCCCCAGAGCAGCCUCUGCUGGGAGCUGUAAACACGUCAGCCACACUUCUCCGUUACCGGCAAUAAAGAAGGCUGCGUCGCAUCGAAUCGUACGUUUGUGUCAGCAUGAGGGAGAAAAGGGAGAGACAGCGGAUCCUUUGAGGAGAGACAGCGGAUCCUUUGAGGAGAGACAGCGGAUCCUUUGAGGAGAGACAGCGGAUCCUUUGAGGAGAGACAGCGGAUCCUUUGAGGAGAGACAGCGGAUCCCUCGAGGAGUGUUACAGGCAGAAGAUUGUCAUAAGAAGCAAGAGCAAGAAACCCAAUCUUCUUAAGUCAGGCUGUGGAGGAAGCUGACGGAGGUGGCUAGAAAGCGCGCACAUGUUGAUGUAACGAAACCAGAGCGUUAAGCAAACGCGUUGAGUUUACUGCGGGAGGCUAGUCAUUGGCUAUGGGGGCCAUGGUGACUUAGCGUAAAUGGCUUCUCUUGACUCAAAGUGUGUACCAUUGUGUGCUGCUCAACCCUUUUCCUCCUUUCUCUUUUCCCCUUAUAUCCCCUCUUCUUCUGGCUGCGAAGGUCGACUCACCCCGAAUGUUUCCUGGCUCCUGCUCUCCUUCAGUGGCGAUGGGGCCGUGGAAGCUCCUGCGGGGCAUCAGGCAGCUGGAGCUCCACCGCCUCAUUCUGGUGCUCAUUAUCUUUUGCCUGCUGUCCAUGGCGCUCUUGGCUUAUUAUGUCAGCAACAGCCCCAAGAUAAAGGAGGCACCUCCUUUGCCUUUCAGUGACUGUGGUGAAGUGGCUGCAGCCGGGGACGGUCUGCAGCACGUACCACUUUUCCUUCCACCAAAUGUUGGCCGCCAGAGGACCGUCAAAGCGGUGGACAACUCUCGCACAGAACCCGUCGUGCUCGUGUUCAUAGAGAGUAUCUACUCCCAGCUGGGACAGGAGAUCGUGGCCAUCCUGGAGUCCAGCCGCUUCCGUUACCACACAGAGAUUGCCCCUAGCAAGGGCGACAUGCCCACUUUGAUGGAACGUGAUAGGGGCCGCUACGCUUUAGUCAUUUAUGAGAACGUGCUUAAAUACGUCAACUUGGAUGCAUGGAAUCGAGACCUCCUCGACAAGUACUGCUCCGAGUUCGGUGUAGGUAUUAUCGGCUUCUUCAAAGCCAACGAGAACUCGCUGCUAAGCGCUCAACUUAAGGGCUUUCCUCUCUUCCUUCACUCGAACCUGGGCCUGCGGGACUACAGAAUCAACCCCGCAGCGCCGCUGCUUUAUGUCACCAAGCCCAACGAAGUGGAGCAAGGCCCCCUGCCGGGGGACGACUGGACCGUUUUCCAGUCCAAUCACAGUACCUACGAACCUGUGCUGUUAGCCAGCACCAAGUCAUCAGAGGCCCUGGCUCACCUCGGUCCCCAUCGAGUCCUGCAUGCCACCGUGGUGCAGGACCUCGGCCUUCAUGAUGGAAUCCAGAGAGUUUUGUUUGGCAACAACCUCUCGUUCUGGCUGCACAAGUUGAUUUUUGUAGAUUCUAUCGCUUAUCUAACUGGAAAGAGACUAUGCCUGUCUCUGGAGAGACACAUACUUGUGGACGUGGACGACAUUUUUGUUGGAAAGGAAGGAACGCGGAUGAAGGUGUCGGAUGUGAAGGCUCUCCUGAACACACAAACCAAACUUCGAACACUAGUUCCAAAUUUCACCUUCAACCUCGGCUUCUCUGGAAAGUUCUACCACGCAGGCACCGAAGAAGAGGACGAAGGUGAUGACAUGUUGCUACAGCACAAGGAGGAGUUCUGGUGGUUUCCUCACAUGUGGAGUCACAUGCAGCCGCACCUCUUUCAUAACGUCAGCGUGUUGUCCGAGCAGAUGAGGCUCAACAAACUCUUUGCACAGGAGCACGGGAUCCCUACAGAUAUGGGCUAUGCCGUGUCACCACACCACUCUGGGGUUUACCCUGUACACAGCCAACUCUACAAGGCGUGGAAGAACAUUUGGGGGAUUCAGGUAACUAGCACGGAGGAGUAUCCUCACCUGAGACCAGCACGGCAUCGCAGGGGCUUCAUUCACAACGGCAUAGAGGUGUUGCCCAGGCAGACGUGUGGUCUCUUCACACACACUAUCUUUUAUAAUGAGUACCCUGGAGGCUCUCGCGAACUGGACAAAAGCAUCCGUGGAGGAGAGCUCUUCCUUACUGUUCUUCUCAACCCAAUCAGCAUCUUCAUGACUCACCUGUCUAACUAUGGAAAUGACCGCCUCGGCCUGUACACUUUUGAGUCUCUAGUAAAGUUUGUGCAGUGCUGGACCAACCUACGGCUUCAGACUCUUCCCCCUCUGCAGCUGGCUGAAAAGUACUUCCAAAUCUUUCCAGAGGAGAGGGACCCCUUGUGGCAGAACCCCUGUCAUGAUAAGAGACAUAAAGACAUCUGGUCCAAAGAGAAGACUUGUGAUCGAUUGCCAAAAUUUCUUGUUAUUGGCCCCCAGAAAACAGGAACCACAGCCUUGCACUCUUUUCUCACCCUGCACCCUGCGAUCACAGGUAGCUUCCCCAGCCCUGUCACUUUUGAGGAGAUCCAGUUCUUUAAUGGUCCCAGUUACCACAAUGGCAUUGACUGGUACAUGGACUUCUUCCCCUUCCCUUCGAAUGCAAGCACAGAUUUUAUGUUUGAGAAAAGUGCUAACUACUUUGAUACAGAGGUGGUUCCCAAGAGGGCUGCAGCCUUAUUGCCCAGGGCCAAGAUCAUCGCUGUGCUCAUCAACCCAGCUGACAGAGCCUACUCCUGGUACCAGCACCAGAGGGCUCAUCAAGACCCAUCAGCUAUCAACUACACCUUCCAUCAGGUAGUGACAGCAGGGCCUUCAUCCUCUAAAGAGCUCCUGGUGCUGCAGAGCCGUAGCCUCAAGCCUGGAGAGUACGCCACACACCUGGAGCGCUGGCUACUGCACUUUCCGUCCAAACAGCUACACAUCGUCGAUGGAACUAUGCUGCGCUCCAAUCCUGCCCUGGUUAUGGACGGCAUCCAGAAGUUUCUAGGCAUCACCCCUAUUUUUAACUACACCCAGGCGCUCAUGUUUGAUGAGGGUAAAGGGUUCUGGUGCCAGAGGAUAGAGGGAAGUCGUCCCAAGUGUCUGGGGAAGAGCAAAGGCAGGAAAUAUCCUGAAAUGGCUGCUGAGACGCGUGCUUUCCUGACGGAGUACUACCAGGAGCAUAACGUGGAGCUGCUGCGCUUGCUGAACAGACUCGGCCUGACGCUUCCCUCUUGGCUCAGAGAGGAGUUACAGAGCAGUAGCUGGAGCUGAGAGAAUCCUGCUGAACCCAAACACACUCAGAACACAGAGGCCCGAGGAACGAGAGCGGCAGUCACUCGGGGCUGAGUCAAACCCUGCUACUCCUAACAACGCUGUAGGAACGACCACACUAUAGUGACUAUGAGCUGCAGCGCGUGUUCAUGGCUAACACUGGGAAUACGUGGACUUCCACACUCAGCCCGUCCCCUGGGCCUGAAGGGACACAUGGUCUUAAUGGUCCUGUUGGACUUGGAAAGAUGAGGGAGAAUGCUGGGAUCCCACUCUCUGUGGAAGCAGCUUUGUUUUUACCAAAAUCCAGAGUUUUCUCACCAGGAGUCGGGUAGAUCCAAAGUGUGGGAUGCAUGAAUGAAUGAAUGAACUUGUGAAUUCUCCGUGCUCACACAAGCCUUGCUCACCCUUCAGAGGAAUGAUCGUAAAAAAAAAACAUUGUACAUUUUAAAGUGUUAUAUAGUUUGGGUCCAAUGGGAUCCGAAUGGAACAAAACGUGAUCCUCGGGCGUGACGUCGGUGUACAGGGCAGAGCUCGGGUUUUAAGCGGGACGCGUUGAAAGCACCAGUCUUGCAGCUCCUCUCUUCUCCUCCUCCUAAACGGACUAUGCACAAUGAGGCGUUUGGAACUUAUGCAAGAAGUUGACGUAAAGUCUAGUGUCCUAGCGUAAUGUUGACAAAAGUAUUGGUCUGAAGUGAAUCAUGAGCUCCUGACCACCUUAAACAUGCACUUUUUUGUUUUUUUAAAUCUUGAUUUCAAAUGUGACCAAGUGCAGUGUGCCUCAUGCAAAUGUCAAUUCUGUCAUGUUGUGUGUUUAUGGAGUUUUAAAUGGUGAGAGAGGGAAAGGGGAGAACCGAGUGACUGCAUUACGAACCUGUGGUAUGCCCUGCAAACACGAGCUACUGUACUGUCUACUUUAUUUUUUAUUUUGUAAAAAAAAAAAAAAAUUAAAAACCCCAAUGCUGUAUCAACUCUAAUAAACUCUUAGAGAGAGUGGAAAAGUUUCUGUUCCCUUCUUUGUAUGCUUUCUUAACUGAAUGCUUCAGGUAGUUGUUUAUCAGAACUUUAAAAUAAAGAACUUUAUUUUAUA